AUGAAUUGCUGCCCCUGUUUCUCAUUACAGAAGAGCCAAAAGGAGCUUGAUAAUGAUGCAGCCGAUGGAACCUCAGGAUCUUUUAAAGGCCUCGCCUCAAAAACCGAUUUGGAUGACUCUCAAAUAUCUGUCUUUUGGAAAUUCGCUUCACUGGGAGAUGCUGCACAGAGUGACCAUGAGCUUUUUGCUGGAACCAAGAAGCCGAAGCCCGGAGGCAAAGACAAGGAAGUCGAGCAUGGAAAUAUUAGGGCACAGAAUUUCACUUUCCGCGAGUUAGCCUCGGCCACAAAGAAUUUCCGGCAAGAGUGCUUGUUGGGCGAAGGUGGAUUUGGUCGAGUAUACAAAGGAACCCUCCAGGGGACCGGGCAGGUGGUUGCUGUCAAGCAACUCGACAGGCAUGGACUACAAGGAAACAAGGAGUUCCUCGUCGAGGUCCUCAUGUUGAGUCUCUUGCACCACGAAAAUCUAGUUAAUCUCAUCGGGUAUUGUGCCGAUGGAGAUCAAAGACUUCUCGCGUAUGAGUACAUGCCUGGAGGUUCUCUAGAAGAUCACCUGCUCGACAUUGAACCACAGCAGAAGCCUCUGGAUUGGCUCACCAGAAUGAAGAUAGGAUUCGGCGCUGCACAGGGUCUCGAGUAUCUGCAUGAUAAAGCCAAUCCACCCGUUAUAUUCCGUGACUUGAAGUCCUCGAACAUCUUGUUGGAUGAGGCUUUCAAUCCGAAAUUAUCCGACUUUGGACUGGCCAAGCUUGGGCCUGCCGGAGACAAGAUGCACGUCUCAUCCAGGGUUAUGGGUACUUAUGGCUAUUGUGCUCCGGAAUAUGCAAGAAUGGGCGAACUUACACCAAAGUCCGACGUGUAUAGUUUCGGAGUUGUCCUGCUAGAACUCAUCACCGGACGCAGAGCAAUUGACACGACAAAACCCCCUGAUGAGCAAAACCUAGUUGCUUGGGCUCAGCCCAAAUUCAGGGACCCGGGAUCGUAUCCAGACAUGGCCGAUCCGUUGCUUCAACGCAGAUUUCCUGAAAAAGCAUUAAAUCAGGCUGUUGCCAUCGUAGCCAUGUGUCUGCAAGAAGAAGCCUCAGUCCGCCCUCUAAUCAGCGACGUCGUUACUACUCUAAGCUUCCUUCUAGUGGCUCCACCUGACCCCGUGGCUGCUCCUCCUCCAGAGCCCAACAAGCAUUCCCAGGAAUCAAAUAGAAGCGACAGCGACAGUGGCAGCAAUGGCGAAAGUGACGAUGAGAAAGGCAACAAGGAGAAUACUUCUGGGGAACAUCAGAAUCGCGGUGAUGAAGACAGCAUAGAGAAGCAGGACACAAAGGUUGACGAAUGUCACAAGCAUGGCGAUGAUGAGGAUAGCAAAAGCACCGGCAAGGGAUCUGAUUCGGGUUCGAGCAGGAAGAGUAGCAUGUCGAGGGAUGAAAGUGUCAAGAGGAGGGACAGAAGCAGUUGGUUCUUGCAUGAGGAAAGCAUUUAUUAUUCACACAAAUCGAGCUUGUCCAAUGGUAGCUUGUCUUCAGUUCACAAGACGAGCAAAGAUAGCGGAAAAUAUUCCCUGAGCCAUAAGAGCAGCGGGAGAUCGUUCGACAGAGUCGAUCUUUCGAGUCCAGAAGGAAGCAGCAGGUACAGCAAAAGAGGGUCGCUAGAUCGUGCUGCCUCGCAGGAUGGGAGCUCCACAUUCGACCUUUCGAGUCCGAAAGGAAGCAGCAGAUACAGCAAGACAGGGUCACUAGAUCAUGCUGCUUAUUUCGGGGAUGAAGACGCAGGGGGUUCACGGCAGGAGAGCCACGCUAUAUCAAGAGACAAUACCCUUUCCUCGAAACGAGACAGCAGUGAGGGGUCCCUUUAUGGUGCCGAUUCGAUUCAUUCCAAGCAAUCGGGCGAUGAGCAUGUCCACUCAUGA